GUAUCUCAAGGUGCUUGCAAAGUCACAUAUUUCUAUAUGGCAGCAUCAAAAUGGAUUAGGCAAUUAAACUUAUUCUUGGAAUGGACAGGUCAUGGUGUUCUAUGGAUAGGUUUUGUUUUAAUUUGGCUUAUUACAUUGUUAGUUGGUAAUGCACAUGGCAUUAAGUCCUAUUCAUCUUUGGAAACAAUAUGGAAUUGGAAAAAUCCUUCUAUUGAACAACAGUCUAACAUUGUAGUCAACAGAAAUAUUACAAAACCAUUCUGCUUACUUAUUGCUUUAUUAUUCGAUGCAAUAAUGGUCGGUUUAAUUAAAUUUAUAUUUCGACGUCAAAGACCUAGAGAAAAUAAUGAUUCAGAUAUGUUAUUCACUGUUAGUAUUGAUGCUUGGUCAUUCCCUUCUGGUCAUGCUAGCCGAUCAACAAUGUUAUUCUUUUUAAUUUCUCAUCUUUGGUUGUCUACAUCUACAUUAUGGUUAAUAUUAUUAUUAUUUUGGAAUUUAAUUAUAUGUUAUUCACGUUAUGCAAUGCAUCGUCAUCAUUUCAUUGAUAUUCUAGCCGGUUAUACAUUAGGUUAUAUAGAAUAUUGGUUAAUUAUUAAAUUGAAUUAUGAAUAGAUGGAUCUGUUAAGCAUAUAUAUAUAUAUGUCUAAUUUGGAAACGGCAGACGAAAUAAUAUUAGUGGCGAAAUGUAUGAACAUCUUAACUCAAGUUUAUUUGUCUCUCUGUAUGUUCGUGUGUGUGUGUGUAUGUAUAGGUCAGUGUUUGUGCAAUUAUCCCCCCUCUCUCUCCUUUAAAGAACAACAACAAGUACAAAUGAUUGUGCAAUCGAACCCUUCAUAUUUUCAUAUUUUUAAAAAAAAAAAUUAUACUUCUGUUUCUAUAUAUGAUUUUUUAAUUGAAACCAUGUACCGAUUGUCCUUUAUGAUUAUUAAAGAUAAUAUGUAUUACUUUUAUUCUAAUGUCCCAACUUUUCCUGUGAUUUGGUCUUUCUUUUUAUUUUUUUAUUUUUUAAGAAACAAAAAGGAAUUACAUUCUGGUUAAACA